AUGUCAGACACUGAAGACAUCCCCCAGCAGGAGGUCGGUGAGGAGGAGGUCCCCGCCGAGGCAGAGGCACCCGCAGCCCCCGCCAAGGGAGCCAUGACCAUCGAGGAGGCUCUCCAGGAGGUCCUCAAGAAGUCCCUCAUCCACGACGGUCUCGCCCGAGGUCUCCGUGAGUGCUCCAAGGCCCUCGACCGACGACAGGCCCACCUCUGUGUCCUCGUAGAGACCUGCUCCGAGCAGGAGUACAUCAAGCUCAUCGAGGCCCUCUGCAACGAGCACAAGAUUGACCUCCUCAAGGUAUCUGACCCCAAGACCCUGGGCACCUGGGCCGGUCUCUGCAAGAUCGACCGAGAGGGUAACCCAAGGAAGGUCGUUGGAUGCUCUUGCGUCGUCGUCCGCGACUACGGAGAGGAGUCCGAGGGUCUCAACGUCCUCCUCGAGUACUUCAAGUCCCGCUAA